AUGAAGUAUAAUUACAAACCAACUUAUGUGGAUAGGAAGCACCACUUUGCAGACUGCGUCACUUGGCCUAGCCCCCCGCAGCCGCUUUUGGCUCCUGGAAAAAGAAACGCCAAAGACGUCCCUGCAGACACGCACGGAAACGUGGUGCGACUGCAACUGGGUGACGUCACCGAUGCUGAAGCGAUGCUUCCAGUGUUGCUGAUCUGCUUGCUAUGGCCAGCCCUGGCUGAGGCAUCUCUCCUUCAAACUGCUGUGAAGAGGCCAGUGAUUCCAUGUGUCAUCCAUCAGACAGCCAAGAGGCAUCAGCUUCAGGAGAACGAAAGUCUGUGGGCCGAAACUUGGAGGGCGAAGAAUCCUCAGUGCAAAUACAAACUCUGGAAUGACACAGCGACUUGCCAUGCGAGGGAGGAGAUUGCCCAGCUGGCAAGAACCAGAUCGCCAGCUCUCAUGUGGCCCAUUUGGGAAGGCUUGUGUUGUGGCCAUGGGGCCCACAGGGUCACCAUGAACGUUCGAGGCUUGACGCCCGUGCAGCGUGCUGAUGUCUUCAGAUACCUCGUGUUGUGGGAUCAGGGUGGCUACUAUGCUGACGUGGAUGCUGCGUGCACUCUCCCGAUUGAUCAGUAUAAGAUACCCAAGGAGGCCAGCAUGAUCGUGGGCUACGAAAUGGGACAUCGCUUGAAGGAGAAACGUCGUGCAGAAAUUAAGUUCGCGCGCAUGGAGCAGUUUCAGCAAUGGUUCUUGGCAUCUGCUCCAGGUAAUCCGGUGCUGCUGCGGUGCAUGGAGUUGAUCCGUCAAAGAUACACCUGGAAAAUUGAAAGCACUUUGGGGCUGACAGGCCCCGGAGUUUUCAGCGACGCGGUCCAAGAGUUUCUGCAGCAAGACGACCACAGAGCUGUGGAAGAGGAGGUGCGGAUCCGCAGAACUCCGAAGGUGCAUUUCUUAAGCUAUCCCAGUGAGACGCUCUAUGGCUCCGGUUUGUGGAAGAUGUGGCUCUUGGCCGCGGGCCGCGCCAAGGUGUCGGCCAUGGUGGCACGGGAGGAUCCUGGAGAGGCGCCUCAGAAUCUGGUGAAACACUACUUUGCCGGCUCCUGGAAGACCGAGAAGGACUUCGAAUCCCGAAGAGCGUCCGUGUGAUUUUGAGAAAA